AUGAAUGUGCAGCGGAUGUGCGCGGAAUGCUUGGCACAGCACAUGAGCGCCGAUGCACUGGUGCCAAUGACGCUGAAAUAUGCGUUGACGGAGCUGGAUCACAUCAUGGAGCCAACCCAACAGCGAAUGCUCUCCUCCUUCUUCUCGAUGAUGAACUAUGCUGUCCGAGUGCUGAUCAGUGAAGUCAUCACUCAUCCAGAUUUCGCUAUGGCGGUAAUAUUUCAUGUUGUAAUUGGAUUGUACUGGUAG